AUGUCAGCUCGUCUCUCCUGCAAUCCCACAAGAGGCGCUAUUCCAAGAUUCAUAAACGUCAUCCAGAUCAACCAUCUCCCCACACUGGACUCUAUCCUGGAUGGUGAUUGGAGUAAGCUCUCCUGGAAGCGGUUUGUGAAGAAGCUACUCCUAGCAACUGAAUACUCCACCUUCAUGCAGGAAUGCUCUCAACUUCCACUCUCUGACUGUGAUCUAGAGAAGCUGGGCAAACCCAUCCCACCACUGGCUAGUAACGGGUGGCAACCCGAAGAUGUCUAG